AGAGAUUCUUAAGUAAUGUCAAAAUAUGAGCGGCGACUUCUAAAUAUUUGCAAAAUAUAAAUAAUUAAUUUACCAAUACCAAGGUCCCUCUUCAUUAUUCCUCGUAUUUUGUUUAUCUUUCGAUAUUCCGGAUUCCAAUUGACAUGAUGAGUUCUAAUACUUUUCCAGCAAAGCCAUUAAGUCCCCGAGAGUCUGGGGAAUUUAUUGUCCAGAAUGCCAAAUACAUUAAAAUACACCAGAAAGGAAUUGAUAAAUUAUCUGAGAUAAUAAUCAAAGGCAUUAAAUCAAAAGAAAUCGAUGUAAGCAAUUUUUCGCAACAUGAACUUCAUCCUAAGGAAACAGAUGCAUAUGCCGCCAAUUGGGUACUUUUGGUGGAUACACUUAACUUUUGUUUUUGGACGCCAAUGAACUAUACAAAGUAUAAAGUCAAUGGAUACACUGGCUACUUUGCCCUUUGUGCAGCCGUCAACCGUGCCAUGAAUGAGGGAAUUCCCAUAACUGAUCCACACUACUAUUCCAAGAUUGAUGAAAAAACGUUGGCGCACAUCCUCAGGUCAGAUGAUGGGGAAACAUGUAUACCACUGCUUAAGAACAGAGUAGAUUGCUUGCAAGAAGUGGGCAAGGUAUUGAUUGCAAACUACAAUGGAAAAUUCGAAAACAUGAUUAAGCGGUCAGAGAAGUCUGCAGAAAAGUUACUCGAAUCGAUUGUAGAAGAAUUCGUUUGUUUUCGAGACACUGCCUCUUAUGAAGGAAAGCAAGUUGCGCUCUAUAAAAGGGCGCAAAUUUUGGUAGGGGAUAUAUGGUCUUGUUUCAGAGGCAAAGCACUGGGAGAAUUCCAUGAUGUAGGAAAGAUAACCAUGUUCGCCGACUAUCGUGUGCCACAAGUGCUGGUCCACUUUGGAGCCCUAGAAUAUACAGACGAGUUGUUGGAAACACUAAACAAAGAUAUUAUACUCGAAAACGGCGAUCGUAAGGAAGUGGAAAUAAGAGGAGCUUCGAUUUAUAUCGUAGAGCGCGUUAGAGACGCUGUGUUGCUUGAGUUGGAAAAGCUACAUCCAGACAUAUCAAAGGACAACGCGAAUUCAAUUGUCAUCGAUCAAUAUCUAUGGGAUUACAGGCGCCAACACGCCGAUGAACUAGAGGCUAUCCCAUUCCACAAAGUAUUAAGCAUUUAUUACUGAAGCUAAAUAAAAUUUAAAAACAAAGCACUUUUUCUUAAAAAAAUGAUCUUUUAUUUAACGUCUCAUCACCAAACAGUUUAUAGAGUAACUGGCUUUGGUUUGCCUACACGGGCAGCCAUACGUUCAUCGAAACGUUUCUUGGCUUCCACACCGGACAAGUUACCUUUGCGGGAGAACUUUUGGUUGGUCAAGAACUUUUGGUCCAU